ACUUUGCUGUCGCAACGUUUAUUAGAGCGUCUCUAUGGGUGAAGCGAAGGUUAAGGUGGAAGCUCUUCUCCUGGUGGCGGUUGUGCUAGCGAGCUCCGUCGCACCCUCCUCCUCCAGAUGCAUUCCAAGGAGACUGCUCGAAGUGUCAAGAUACGGUCAGCAGCCGUGCAAGGAAGACAGGAUCGACCGGACGAAGCCUGGCGCUGAGGACGACGGCGACGCUGGGCCAGGACGAGAAAGGGCGGAUCGAGGAGGCCGAGGAUUCCGCUGCCUCCGAUGCCCCUCAGGCCCAGAACCAGCAUGGUUCCUCCCCGGAAUAUACCCGGGCCGAACAACUGAAAAGCGACGUUCUUGAUAUAUUGUGUUGCGUCGUUACAUUAUUCUCUCUUUCAAUGAAGAAAAACGCUAGUUCCCAUUCCUAAAUUCGUGUUUAACUACUCCCUCCGAUCCAAAAUAAAUAUCUGUGACUUAGUACAAACUUUGUACUAGAUUAGUACAAAACUUCGGACACUUACUAUGAAUU